AUGCUGGAAACAAUGAAUGGCUUGACAUUCCGCGUAUCACCGGAUGCGUUUUUCCAAGUCAACAUCCCAGCGGCGGAGGAACUCUACCGCUUGGUCGGCGACUGGGCCGGCUUGUCGCGCGAGUGCGCCCUGCUAGACAUUUGCUCUGGCACUGGCACCAUUGGGCAGCUGUAUGCCAACCGCGUCCGCCGCGUCAUUGGCUUUGAGCUGGUUGAGUCCGCCGUGGAGGAUGCGAAGCACAAUGCCGAACUCAACGGCUUGACCAAUUGCUCUUAUUUUGCUGGCCGAGCGGAAAAGACCAUGCCUGAAGUGGCUGCCCGUGUACAAGAGGAACGAGUGGUGGGCAUUGUUGACCCGCCUCGCUGCGGCUUGCGUAACGAGUUUGCCCGGGCGCUCAUGCAUGGGUCUGAUUUGAUUCUUAGGCUUGUUUAUGUGGCUUGCAACUUCAAGGCAUCUCAUACCAACAUUGUCGAUUUGUGCCGCAAAACUAGCAAGCGCUGGCAGGGUGACCCCUUCCAGUUGGUUCGUGUGCGUGCCGUUGACCUGUUCCCUCACACACCGCACAUGGAAGUGGUGCUUUUGUUGCUGCGAGGUGCAGCUCUCGAGCGCUGGCAAGCACGCCAAGCACUUGAGUAA